GUCCCUGCUUGUAUUGUCGAAAUUGUGACAGUAUCACCGAGAUCGCGCGAAGGGAGAGAGAGAGAGAGAGAGAGAGCAUGAGGGUUCCUCCACCGUCGAAGUCGGGUGACGCCGCGCCCGAGGACGACCCAGACGCCGUGCGGCCAGCUGCGGCGGCGGCGGCGGCGGCGGCGGGCGGCCUGAGGAAGAAGGGCGUGGGAUUGCGAGCGUGGCUGCUGCUGGAUUCGAGCGGCCAGGCUCAGGUGGUGGAGGCUGGGAAGCACGCGAUCAUGCGGCGAACGGGUCUCCCGGCCCGCGACCUCCGGAUCCUGGACCCGCUCCUCUCCUACCCCUCCACCGUGCUGGGCCGAGAACGAGCAAUCGUCAUCAACCUGGAACACAUCAAAGCUAUCAUCACUGCCCAUGAGGUUCUUCUUCUCAAUUCCAGAGAUCCCUCUGUCAUCCCCUUCGUUGAGGAGCUCCAGAGACGCAUCUUGCGUCACCAUCACGACUCGAAAAUCCCGGAGGGUAUGGUUGGUGGUGAUGAUUCAGAAUGGGCAAAUUUGUAUGAUUUGGAAGACCCACAGUCGGGGGCUGUCAGUCCUUCAAAUUUUUCUGGUGGUUUUCCGCCCUUGCCUGAGAGAGAUGAGGAUGGUAAGUUGGGUGGUAAUCAAGAUCUUGUGGAUAGAGAUGCAUUGAAGGUUCUUCCAUUUGAAUUUGUUGCAUUGGAGGCAUGCCUUGAGGCUGCUUGUAGUUGCUUGGACAAUGAGGCAAGGACUUUGGAGCAAGAAGCUCACCCAGCUUUAGAUAAGCUGACUUCAAAGAUUAGUACUCUCAAUUUGGAGCGAGUCCGUCAAAUUAAAAGCCGCUUGGUUGCAAUAACUGGACGUGUUCAAAAGGUAAGGGAUGAAUUAGAACACCUGCUGGAUGAUGAUGAAGAUAUGGCUGAGAUGUAUUUGACUGAUAAGCUGGUUCAACAACUUGAAAGUUCUUCUGUUUCCUCUAUAAAUGAUAGAGAUGGCAUGGAUGAUGGAGUGCUUCAGUCAGAUAUGGAUGACAGGACUCCUGCCGAAAUUUCAUUGGAAAAUAAUGGGGGUUCAGCUGUUUAUGAAGGUGAUAUUCGAAAUUCAGAUGACCCCCAAGAGCAUUUGUUUGGUGCACCCAAUGCAAUUAGCAGAAGGAGCCUUGGUACCCAUACUAGCACCACACGAAGUGCUAUUAGCAAGAAUCUUGAUGUCGAGGAGCUUGAAAUGCUCUUGGAGGCAUACUUUGUUCAAAUUGAUGGUACAUUAAACAAAUUGUCCACGCUGAGGGAAUACGUAGACGACACAGAGGACUACAUCAACAUAAUGCUGGACGACAAGCAGAACCAUCUGCUGCAAAUGGGGGUCAUGUUGACCACAGCAACCCUCGUAGUGAGUGCUUUUGUUGUUGUGGCUGGAAUUUUUGGGAUGAACAUUAAAAUAGAUCUGUUCAACGAUGAGGUGCAUGGGAUGGAAAAGUUCAUGUGGACUGUUGGUGGCGGCGCCACUGGUAGCAUAUUUCUCUAUGUGUUUGCCAUUGCCUGGUGUAAGCACAAGCGUUUGCUGGAGUAAUUACGCAGGCUUUUAUAGGUUCCCCAUUGUUUUUUGGCUGGGAAGAAGGUCCUGUUACUUGUACAUGUUCAGUCUGUGUUCAAUGAAAACCACAACCAUUUCCAAUACUCUGUAAUAUUGUGAGUUUUUAAUGUAUUUCUUUUGACCAGUUUGCACUUUAAAUAAAGCAGUUCAUGGUCGACGCCGACUUGCUUUCUUUUUGCUA